AAUUUUGUUAAUUAAAUAGAUUAAUUUUCCAAAAAGUAAAACAAGAAAAAAAAAAAAAAAAAUUUCUCGGACCAGACUCCCAGAAAUUUACGGCAUUCUGUCUCGUCUCAGAUCUCACUGCUUCGACCCUUCAAUGGCGUCUACCGCCGACUCCUCCAGCCAGCAGGCUGCAAUAAGGAAGCAAAACAAAGGACCACCAUUCAAGUUCUUGGUUCCUCUUAUAUAUGCCCCUGUUCUUCCUUUGAUUCGAAUCACGCUACGGAAGAAUCCUGUUUUAAGGGAUCGUGUGUUUGGUGUGGUCUUGGCUGGGGCAUUUGCUCAUGGCUUCUAUUUGGUAUCUGAUUUGUAUGAUGCUGAGAGCAAGUCAUGAGUUGGCAACUGCGAUGUAGAAUGUUUUUCGUCUCUCAAUAACUUCCAUUAAUUUGCUGAUUCUUUGCGGCCCAACAUUCCAGGCAUCCCCCAGGUCUUCUAUACAAGGAUUUCAGGACAGCUUUGAAUAAAAUAGCCUUAGGACAAUUUUGGUAUUGCAUUUUCUAUUUUGUAUUAAUUACUUUAAAAAAAAAAAAAAAAAAAGAGAGAUGGAAAAAAUUGAAAGGCACAAGAUGAUUGUUGUGAUUCUAGACUUUCUAGCUGCAAGUAGAAAUUUUGCGAAAAAAUGUUUAAGAUGAUUUGAAACUUUGUUUAAGUUGUAGCUCUGUGAUGUGGAAUGCUAUUUUAAAUUUUAAAAAAAAUGAAUUUGUAGUUUGAAUUUAAACCAAAUAGGGAAAAAACAAAUUUAGCUUAUUAUUUAUUAUUUUUCUCUUACUAUGGUAGAAAAAAUAGCUUUUAGCUUUUUGGAAGAUGGAAAAUUCCACCACUUGUAAUAUAUUCAAUGGAAUAAUUGAAAUUUGGCACCAAAUGAGUAAUUUACCACUCACACAAAAAGUAAUAAAGCGAAUCCGUCAAUAUUGGAUAAAAUAGACGGUAAGGCCCAAAAACAAUUUGAAUAAUCAAACAGCAUAAAGAGAUGUCAAAUCGCAACAUUAGGGUGUAUUCCAUUUCGGAUCCAAACCCAUAUUCCAAUAUACCAUUUCCUACCUGGAUCUGGUUCGUACCAUUUAUUUAUUGAAUUACAAAGAAAGCCGAUUGAUGAUUCGGAUUCCAAGCCAGACCUUUAUGAAAUCUUCCCCAUCCGCGUACCUCUAGAUCUUAAAUGAGAAAAAUGAUUCUUUCUUGAUCCAACGGUUGUUAGGUAAUUGCAGUACGUUAAAUUCAGAUUUGAUUCAACUAAUCAAGGCUUUAGGCCUUUAAUAACAAUCAAUCUAUUUCUGUGAAAUAAUCCAAAUAAUUCAAAUGGAAUCCGGUAAUAGAAAAAGUCUUGGAAAUUAUUUGAGUGAAAAAAAAAAAGUCUAGGAAAUUAUGAUUCAAAUAUUACAGAGCCAAAACAGUAAAAACUCAUUAAGAAGAAAUAUAUACAUUUGAUUAAGCACAUGCUUAAUCCACAACAGUCUAAACCAUGUAGCAGUAUCCGUAUUGCAUCGUUUACCCAAUUUUUUUUUUUUUUUUUAAGGGGAAACAAAUCUACAUAUUUAUAUAAACAAACUGAGAAAGAAAAAAAAACAUCUCAGGAAAUUAGGAAAAAAAAAAAUUCAAAUAAAAACCAC